AUGAAUUUCUUUCACCCAUUACUCUAAAGUCUUCAAUGUAAGAAUUUAUCCUUAAUCAACUUUUUAAGUUAUGCGUUUCAACCUUAGUGGUGAUCUUAAUCAGACUAAACUUAAUCUCAUGAAUCCUUCAAUCAAAGUUGAGGAAAACGAAUCAAUUAUUCCUCCUAUAUAUUAAAUGACGUAAUAGGAAAUAUUAUAACGUCACUUGGUUGAUACAAGUGCAAGAGUUACAUAAUUUGAUGGAUUGCAAAAUGAAAAAGAGAUUCCCAAAACAACCAACAAGAAGAUGUAAACCGUUUAAAUAUUCUAAAUUAGAAGUAAAAAAAUAAAUACUUGUGGUCAUCCAGAUAAGGAACAUUAUGCAAAAGGAAUGUGCAAUAAUUGUUAUCAUCGUGUAGGUAGAAACAAACAACCAUGGCUUUGUUCUCAUAAAAAAUUGUAUGCUUGUAAGAUUUAAAGAAUCAUAAUUAGGUGGAUUAUGCUAAAAUUGUUACAUUAACCAAUACAACAAAAAACGUAGAGUCGAAAAUUAAGAUCAACAAUAACCAUAAGAAUCUAAUUUAAAUGAUUAGGAUAGAUUAGAAAAUUGA